AUGGCAUCAUCCGCACAGUCCAAGAAGCGCCUUGCGCUCGCAAUCCUCGAUUUCCUCCAGACCUCGCAAACCGACGGUUCUGUCGCAGCCGAAGACGCUGAACAGCUUGAAGUUGCUGCCAAUUGCAUCGGCGAAGCCUUCAAAGUCGACUUAUCAGAUAGCGCUGCGGUCAAGGAUGCCCUCGGCGACCAGAACCUCCUCUCCAUAUACAACGUGUAUGAGAAGCUGAAGGGUAAAACAACGGCUACCACACAGGGUUCCUCCUCGGCUUCGGAAGCACGACCCGCGACGCCGCAAACACCGUCAUCCGAGAACGUGAAGGCUGGACCCGGUGGUGUGAAUAAGGAUGAAGCAGAGCGGCUCAAGGGCUUGGGCAAUGAGGCCAUGAAGAAGAAGGACUAUGCAGCUGCUGUCAAGCACUACACUGCCGCUCUUGACAUCGUCCCGAAGAACCCGAUCUACCUAUCGAACCGUGCGGCCGCACACUCGGGCGCUGGCAACCACAUCGACGCAAAGAAGGAUGCCGAAGCGGCCCGUACUCACGACUUGGUUUCGCGAAAUUCUCCCCUCGGCGACGCAAAAGGUGCCAUGGAGGCGUACAAGUCGGGCAUGGAUGCUGAGGGCGGUGGAUCGGACGUUAUGCGUCGUGGGUACGAGACGGCGAAGAAGAAGUAUGAAGAGGAGGGUAGCGACGACGGCGCCCUUGAGUCGGAAGCAUCGCGUGGUGUACCCAGUGCCGGCAUGGGUGGUAUGCCUGAUCUUGCCUCGCUAGCGAAUAUGUUCGGCGGAGCAGGAGGCAGAGGAGGAGCUGAAGCAGGAGAAGGAGGUCGUGAUGAGGGAGGUGCAGGUGGCAUGGGCGGCCUUGCGGGCUUGAUGAACAACCCGAUGAUCCAGCAGGCCAUGCAAAGCCCCGCUAUUCAACAGAUGAUGCAGGACCCCAAUGCGUUGGCCAACAUGAUGAACAAUCCACAACUGAGGCAGAUGGCGGAGCGAUUCACUGGUGGAGGUGGUGCAGGAGGCGGUGGAAUGCCCGACCUCGCAUCCAUGAUGAACGAUCCCAAUAUUGCAGAGAUGGCACGGGGUUUCAUGGGUGGCGCUGGUCGAGGUGGUGCCGGCCGGGGUGCUGGUGGCUCAUCAUGA